GCCGCAUCCAUCCACGCCAAGACCCGCUCACUCAUUCAACACAUGUCCUUGGUGCUUCCACGGGAUUUUAUUACAUAAUUGCCUUUAUAUCACGCCGUAUACCCGUGCGUCCUGCGAGUGACUGACAUCCGCUCGGAGCUUUCGUGAUUCUUUUCCCAGCCUUUUGGACUCAUUGUUCAUCAAAUCCCCCACUGGACAGCAGCCAUGGCAAAGGUGUAACCUUGUGUUUACAUUCAUCAAGAAGACUGUGUCCUCUGCCUUCUUUUUGCCCGUACCAAAAAAGAUGUCAGAGCCAGACGCUUCCCAAGCAGAGCCCCUGUCCUCCCCCCUGUCCUCUCCCCGCACCCGCCUGCCCCUGUCCUUCCCCUUCCUAAGAGAGGGCAGCCGAGUGUGGGAGAGAGAGAGGAAACCACCGCAGCCUGGAGAACUACCCAGCCCCCUGCCCACCAAGCGCACUCGCACCUACUCAGCGACGGUACGAGCCAGAUCAGGACCAGUGUACAAAGGUGUGUGUAAAAACUUCUCCAGGUCUCAGGGUCACGGGUUCAUACGGCCGUCACAUGGUGGAGAGGACAUCUUUGUCCACAUCUCUGACAUUGAGGGAGAGUAUGUGCCUAUGGAAGGAGAUGAGGUUACAUACAAAGUGUGCCCCAUCCCUCCCAAGAACCAGAAGAUCCAGGCUGUGGAGGUGGUGAUCACACACCUGAACCCAGGCACCAAGCACGAGACCUGGUCGGGUCAGAUCAUCAGCUCCUAGAGCGGCUGUCCAUGCCUCCAUGCAGGCUUUACUUUAGGCUUUUCUCUUUUACAGAAUCGGAAACAGGGACCAGACUGGAGUUGUGAUGGGCUGUAGAUGGUUUAGGAAAGUAAGGGGUGGGAGGAAGUCUUUCUGAAUGUAUUUGCAAAAGUGUUUCUGGGAGGUACAUUUCAUAGUAUUUAUUUUUUAAGUUUAACAUUUUUGAACAGCUGAAGAGCAGAGCUUGGUGCUAGCAUCUUCAUUUGACUUGCAGAAAUGCAUUUGGAGCCAAUUUUGUUUUGCUGUGAGGACAAUGAAGACUUAUCAUGGCUUUACUUGUUCACUGCCAAAUCACAUAACAAAACAAAGUGGUAGCCAUAUAAUAUCAUAAAUCAAUGCUUGCCUGUUGGUAGUCUUGCAUUUGUCAAUGUAAAUAAUGUCAUUUGAUAACAAUGAUGUCAGAAACCACUAGCCAUAACAUGUUUACACUGACAAAAAGAGGUACUAAAUUUGAGUAUAUGUGAGGUCAAGACUGUAAAAUUCAUGCCAAGGAAAAGGACUACCGCACAACUGCACUAAUUAUGGCUCUUAAAGCAUCUCUGCUCAUUCACAUCUUAUUUUUGUUGUAGCAUUCAAGUAGUUUGUCCUGUAGGCAAGUAUAUGAAUUCCAGUGUUAUUGUAGCCAGCUCCUAUGAAGGUCCUAUAUUCAAUGGUACAGAUGGUGAGUAGUUGAUAGAUUUGGACAGAAGGGGCAAAAAGGGAGGGUCAGGAAUAGAGUGAUGAAUUGAAACAACCAGCUUCACACAUUAAAAAUAUGAGAGAAGGAGAAGGAGGGGAAAUUAUUUGGAUUUUAUUAGUUUGAAAAUUGUUUCAAAAUUUACGUUGGAAGAUUGAGCAAACUAUUUAUUUAUUGACCUAUUUAUGUUUCACUUGUAACUAUGGGAACAUCAGGUUUUUGAGAGUUGACUACAGCAAUUCUAAUAUAAGGGUAAUUUUGUGUUAUGGAUACAUUAAAGGUGCACUAUGUAACUUUUCUGGUGAGCGAUGGCAUGCACCUAACAUUCUCCAUGGAAACUGCUUUGCCUUGAAUGUCCCACAGUAUUGCAUUAAACUUAUACAUCUUGUUCUUGUCUUCAAGUGUUUUUUCUCCAAAAAACAUGUAUUCUUACUGCGAGCACUGAGCAGACCUGACUCUCUACUCUUCUGAUCUGUAAUUGGGCAUGCUUGUCUCCAUAGUUACACAUUUAGUGCCAUGCUGUGGAACAGUUCUUGUCUUAAAUUUACCUGUCAGAUACAUUUUAUUGUUUUCAGUCAAAUCUGAGAUCUAAAAUUACUUUGUAUUCUGGAUGCCAUAUCUUAAUCACAGGUUAUUAGUGACAAAUUGUGAAAAGACAAAAUUACCCUUAUACCUAUAGUUUGGUAAUCUAAAAAUAAUCUAAAGCUAACUGCACUGCACAUUCUAAUCACUCUUAUGAAACUAGCCGUCCCUUUGCUACUCGCACAGUUCCACUAUUUACUAUUUUCUUUCAUAAUCUGUUUAAAAGUCAUGUCCACCUGUGUGUAUUGUAUUGUCUUUAAGCGCAGCAUCAUCUCUAUGCAUUUUUUUAAAUUUAAGUCCAUAAGUUUAAUGUAGCACACUGUCACUGAAAAUAUGUCUUAUCUGAAAGUGUCUGCAAGUACCUUUAUU